CAUUCAAGAUAUUAGGCUCUUUAAUUUGCAAAACCCUGCAACCCUUUCUUUUCCCUUUGUCUCUGCUUACUUACCGUCAAUCAUAUUUCCGGUGGCCGUGACGAGUGGUAUUACAGUCUAGUUUAUCGUACAGAAAUGAAGAAUGAGAAGAAGAAGAAAGCUAAUAGGAAACUCGAAUCUGUCGGAGAAGAUCACAUCAGUGAGUUGCCUGAUGCCGUUAUCAUCCAUGUCCUCUCGUUUUUGCCAUCCACCAAAUUAUGUGUAAAGACUUCAAUUUUGUCCAAAAGAUGGCAACUUCUUUGGACCUAUGUGCCUAAUAUCAUUAUCUCUCAAUCUUAUGACUCUAUUCGAUCAAAACUCGUAAAAAGAGUGGUCGAAAAAACACUAGCCCUCCACUCUUCUUCAAAGCUCAAUGAAUUCUUCAUCCAAAUUUCGAGUUCACACGAACUGUAUCCUUCAAUUGAGUCGUGGCUUCUAUUCGCUGUGGGAAAGGCAGUUAAGUCGCUUAUAUUAGAAUUUAAUGAAAGGCAUGCUCGUUAUUUGUUGCCUCAGUUCCUAUACUCUAAUUCCCAUAUCCGAGUUUUAAAUACUACGCUUUGUGAAUUUGUGCCUGAUGGGAGAAUUUCAUUGUCGGCCCUCAAAGAGUUGACCAUAGUGCGAGCAACUUUGAAUGAUGAAGUCAUUCAAAAUAUUUUGUCUGGGACUCCAGUUCUUGAAUGCUUGCAACUGGCCUUCUGCUACAAAAUCAAUUCGCUCGACUUAUCUUUAAAACCUAACUUGAAAAAGUUGGUCAUAUACGUUAAAGAAUAUGAUCCUGAGUGUUACGGGUACUACUUUGAUCUUAAAAUUGUGGGUCCUUAUGUUGAGACAUUGAGAAUUUGCUGCAGCUGGGAAUUUUUCAAGUUUAAGUUGAUGAAUAUGUCAUCUUUAGUUAAAGCUACCCUGGAUUUUGAAGCUAUAGAUGAUGAGUAUGAAUAUAUAAAGAAGAGUCCACAUAUGGUCGAGGAGCUCGUUGAGAAUGUUCUUCCUGCUAAGCAACUACAAUUAACAAAUUUAUGCACUCAGGCUCUCUCAACAUUGAGGAUGGAUGUUAUGGCGUCUCUAUUAUCAAAUUUGAAAUCUUUUGAUGUCGACUGUCGCGGUGAAGAGUACCUCCGUGGGAUUGAAAGCGUUCUCAAAUGCUCACAUAAGCUGGAGAAGUUCGUUAUAUUUUUCGACUACGGUAGAUCCCGUAAGUCAAAAUCUGAUCGUUACAGAAAGGGUUAUUGGACAAAUGCAGAGAUACCAAGUUGUUUGGAUACCCAUCUCAAGACCAUCGAGAUAUCCGGCCUGAUAAGAACUCGAGUUGUAAUCGAAUAUCUCCAGUUUCUGCUCAAGAAUUCAAGGAUAUUGGACAAGAUGAUCAUACGUAAUUCUAACCAUAAAUAUGGUAUGAAAUUGGCUGAGAAGUGGUCAAGCUUUCCAAGGUCUUCGCAGCAAGCAGUGUUUCUAGUAGCUACUAAAUGGUAGUACAAUAUGUAACAAUGUAGCAAGGAUAUUUGAUUAUUUUUGAACUCAUUAUCUGUUUUAGGUAAAAUAUGAUUAACUACUAUAUAGGCCUCAUGAAAUAUUUAAUGUUGAAUCAAACAACCUUUUUGUUUGAAA